AUGUUGGUGGAGCGGUGCGCCACCUGCCAGGAACGGUUGGCAAGCCAGGGCCAGGAGCCGCUGAUGGCCGACCCACUACCAACGUACGUCUUCGAGGACGUAUCGGCCGACCUAUUUCAACAUGGAUCCCUCCACGUCCUGGUUUACGCGGAUCGACUCUCGGGAUGGCCAGUGGUGCACCAGUGGAAGCGCGACCCAACAGCUCGGGAGGUGAUGCAGGCCGUUGUCAACAACUUCGUGGAACUCGGCGUCCCAAUGCGCUUCCGCUCUGAUAAUGGCCCGCAAUUCGACGCCGGAAUUUUCCAGGCGGCCCUUCAACGCUGGGGGGUAGCGUGGGGUAGUUCCACCCCGCACUAUCCCCAAAGCAACGGUCACGCCGAAGCUGCAGUGAAAGCGGUGAAGGAGUUGGUGCUGAAGCUGGCCCCGUCGGGAGAUCUGUCAUCGGAAGAGUUUCUCGCGGGAUUGCUGGAAUUCCGGAACACUCCGCACGUGACGGGGCUAUCGCCGGCUCAAAUCGUCUUCGGACAUCAGCUCCGUUCUAUUGUGCCAGCCCACCGCUCGUCCUAUGCCAGCCAAUGGAAAGAGGCUAUGGCAGCGCGAGAACGACAGGCUGAAGCGAACGCAGCCACAAAAUUCCGCUUCGAUUUACGAGCUCGUCCGCUUUGUCCUCUCCCUGUCGGAGCCCCGGUGCGCGUUCAAGACACCAAGACAAAAUUAUGGAGCCAAGUCGGGGUGAUCGUCGCGGUCGGCCGGUAUCGAUCAUACCGUGUGAAGUUUGCUAGCGGUAGCGUGCUCUGGCGCAACAGACGUUUUCUCCGCCCCAUGGUCCCCUCAGCGGUCGAAGAAGAAGACGGUGCAGCACCUGAGUCGAGCGAUCCACCAGCGGCGGUGACAACGGAACCUCCAGGCGCCAGACAGCAGCCGGCAGCGGAUGCCCCAUCAGCCCUGCGCAGGAGCGCUCGAACGCGCAAGCCCCGUGUUCACUUCUCUAAUUAA